CCCAGGGGCGGGGCUCCAGCGCGCGGCCGGGACCGUCCGAGGUGCUGAGCGGCCGGCGGGGCGCGCGGGCCGGGCGCCAUGGGGAACCGCAGCGCCGCAGACGCGGACGGGCUGCUGGCGGGGCGCGCGCCCGGCGCGGGCGUCGGCGCCGGGGGCCCCGGGGCGGCGGCGGCGCUGGUGGGGGGCGCGCUGCUCAUCGGGGCGGUGCUCGCGGGGAACUCGCUCGUGUGCGUGAGCGUGGCGGCCGAGCGGGCUCUGCAGACGCCCACCAACUACUUCAUCGUGAGUCUGGCGGCCGCCGACCUGCUCCUCGCGCUGCUGGUGCUGCCUCUCUUCGUCUACUCCGAGGUGCAGGGCGGCGUGUGGCUGCUGAGCCCCGGCCUCUGCGACGCGCUCAUGGCCAUGGACGUCAUGCUGUGCACAGCCUCCAUAUUCAACCUGUGCGCCAUCAGCGUGGACAGGUUCGUGGCCGUGGCCGUGCCCCUGCGCUACAACCGCCAGAGCCGCGGCGGCCGGCAGCUGCUGCUCAUCGGCGCCACGUGGCUGCUGUCGGCGGCGGUGGCAGCGCCCGUGCUGUUCGGCCUCAACGACGCGCGCGGCCGCGACCCCUCCGUGUGCCGCCUGGAAGACCGCGACUACGUGGUCUACUCGUCCGUGUGCUCCUUCUUCCUGCCCUGCCCGCUCAUGCUGCUGCUGUACUGGGCCACGUUCCGCGGCCUGAGGCGCUGGGAGGCAGCCCGCCGCGCCAAGCUGCACGGCCGUGCGCCCCGCCGACCCAGCGGCCCCGGCCCGCCCGCCCCGGACGCCAGCCCGGCCGCCGACGCCGCCCCCGCCCCCGAUGUCGGCCCGACCCCCGACACCACCCCCGCCCCGGACGCCGUCGCGCCCCCGGACCCCAUUGCGGCCGAACCGCCGCCUCAGGCCCGCCGGAGGAGACGUGCCAAGAUCACAGGCCGGGAGCGCAAAGCUAUGAGGGUCCUGCCGGUGGUGGUCGGGGCCUUCCUGCUCUGCUGGACGCCCUUCUUCGUGGUGCACAUCACGCGGGCGCUGUGUCCCGCGUGCGCCGUGUCCCCGCGGCUGGUCAGCGCGGUCACCUGGCUGGGAUACGUCAACAGUGCCCUCAACCCCGUCAUCUACACCAUCUUCAACGCCGAGUUCCGCACCGUCUUUCGCAAGGCUCUGCGCCUCUGCUGCUGACAGAGCGCCCGCGCGGCCUCCCCUGGCCGGGACCGCCUGGCCUGGGGCUUUGUAGGAGUAAUUAAACAGAUCCCGGGUCACCUGCUGGGAAGGCUUUGGGGGGGCCAGGAGGAGGCACCCCCACUGGCCCCCAUCUGGUCAGUUAACCCUUUCCUUCCUUCGAGGAAGGUCCUGGUUGAGCCCUGGGCUGGGCAGUGGGACGACACGGUGGUGCAUGCCCGGGAACAGGGGUGCCCGUGACCUGGGAAGGCUGCCUGGGUUCACACCCUCCUCUGAGAGCUGCCCUCCCCCACGCACCCCCACCCGACUCUGCUCACAGGCCAGCGGCCUCCUCCCCUGUCCUGGUGGCCCGUCCAGCCGCCCUGCCCCCACUUUGGCAGCCCCCUCAAAGUCAGAAUGCAGCUCCUGGCCUGCCCACCGAGGCCUGAAGCCCAGGAGAGGGGCCAGGGGGCUGGGUGGGUUCAGGGAGGGCCAAGCACGCACCUGCAAGGCGCUCAGCCAUCCUCUGCCCAGGUGGCCAGGCCCAGGGCCAGAGCAGCUAGCUACCCGCCCCCCGCCAUGGCGUGACCCCCCGUAACCUGAGGCAGCCCCUCCUGGACUUCACCUGGGCCCUCUCAGUCCCUGGCCGUGGAUGCCACGCCGCUCCCCAGUGCUGUGGCUGAGCGCUCUGGUCAGGGACCCUGACCACUGAGCUGGCCACAAUUGGGUGCCAAGUCCUUCUCUGGAAGGAGCUCCUGUGGGCUGUGAGGUGACAGCAUCAGGCCCAACCUCAGGAUGUUAAGCUGUUCCAAUGGAAAGAGGGGCCACCCGUUCCCUCUGUGGGUGAGCACCCUUUCCUUCCCAAGGGCUCAGCUGCCACCUCCUCCAAGAAGCCUCCCCUGACCACCUGCAGGACCAGCCUGUCCAUAUCACCCUGGGAGAGACUUGCUCUCAGGGAGCUGAGCACUGAGGGAUGGGGAGCCUAUACAGGAUGCUGUGUGCCUGCACCACAUGGGCUGACACGGAGGGAGAGGGGCCCUGGGCGGGACUCUGGCCCUGGUGGCUGCUCCAGCCUCCAGCAGCUCCUCCCCUUUGAAGCAAGAGGACAGCCACAGCACGUACCCUGGGUCUCUUCCAGGGAGGAGC